AUCCCAAUCCCAAUCCCAAUCCCAAUCCCAAUCCCGAGCCCGGCCAACCCAUCCUCCGCCCGAGAAAUCAGCCACACAGUAUGUCGAGGGCCUCCAAGAUUACGUUUUACACGAGCCUGGCGCUGACGACCGCCACCAUCAUCGGCGUCAAUUACUGGAAGGAUGUCGAGUUUGUCGCCCGUCGUCAGAACAUCGAGAAGGAUGAAGAGCGUCGUCGGCAGCGGCUCGAGAACCAGCUGGAUCUGGAGCGCCAGCAGCGAAUUUUUGCAGAGUACGAGAAGGACCAACGAGUCGCCUCGGGCUUCACUGGCCCGGGGUCUCCGGGGAUACCGGAAGGCGCCCUCUGAAAGCCACGUUUGACCUCCGAGACAUACUCUGGGGCGUGUACGAAUCGAGAAGGAACAACACCUGAUUUUGAAGCCGGUCCAUGCUGCCAUUUCCCACCUCUGCAAUACACACCCGCAACCACCCGCAACCACCCGCUACGGUGGCCAUCCACAAGAUCUCGCGAAUCCCAUGUGGUUGCCUGGUGGCACUUUGAGAUGUUCAGCGACUGUCUGAGGAGCUAUAUUACAGGCAAUCCAAUAAAAAACGGGACGCCCGUGUUUUUGACCAUUCA